AUGAAUUUCAUAGAUGUUAUUGGCGUGGUUGUCUCCCGUACUACUAUUAUCCCCUCUCAGAAAAAAGACAAGCAGAGAAUCCAUCUUGAGCUCAAAAACUUGGAUGGUGUACUACUUAAGUUUGCAAAAAUAAAUGAUUACAGAGGUAAUAUCGGUGUUGCAAGUUACUAUGAUGUCACAACUGUCUUCAUCAACACUGAUAUUGAUGAAAUCAAACAGUUUAGAGAAAAGUUGGCUAAGGAUAAUGAAUCUUCACAAUCAUCUGGUACCAUCAGCUUGAUUCGGACAAAACAUGUUUCACUCAAUGACGAUUUCCUAAAAAAUAAUGAGGUUAAGACAAUUUACAAAAGUAAAGAACCUGUCCAGGGAAAAGUGGGCAGAUGGGUGACAUUUUCAUGGUUGUGUUUGACAGAAAAUCGUCCUAGGGAUAUUCAACUCAGAUACAUGAUUCCAGUUUGUGUUCAAGACGAUUCUGCUUCUACAAUCUUAACUAUGUUUGAUCGGGAAGCAUAUGGGCUCUUGGGAAUUCCAGCCAGAGAUUUAGCAGAAAAACAUACUAGGCUUGGAUUCAGUUUGGGCAUAUAUCCUCCUGAACUCAAUUUUUUGAAAAACAAGCAUUUAGCUUUUAAAGUCAGUGUCACAAAAUACAAUGUGAGAUUUCAAAAUAGUGUCUACACAAUCUCAAGGGUAACGGAGGAAAAGCAAAUAAUCGAGAGUUUGGAGAGAAAGCUACUUCAGUUGCAGCCUGCAACUUUAGAGUCUUUAAACGAUGGACCAUCCGACUCCAAUUCCCAGGAAAAAAUACUUACCAAGGAUUGGGUUUCACAUUCGGAUGAAAAUGUUACACCGUCUACCGGAAAUAUUUUGACACCAACAAGUUUUGAAAAUGUAAAAAGUACUCCGAUGAAUUUAACACGCAAGUUUGAAGAAGUGUAUGAUGUGGAACAGUAUUCGAAUUCGUCAUCAACAAAAGCACCACGUCUUUCAACUGGAACUGGAGAGGGGAUCAAGCUUUUGAUACCAAAAGUUGAAAAAUAA